GCUAUGGCAGACUAUUCCCGACCCACGACGCCAGACAGCAGCAGCAAUGGCAUUGCCACUCCUCGCACGCCGCGUCCAACAGGCCUUGCGCUGACUGAGUACUCGGCGAACCCUUCCCCACCGUUAGGGUCACCAAAGCCAAAAUCCGCGCCAGCAGUCCCAGAAGCCUUUCUGCUGCCCAAUGGCUACCCAGAUUAUUUGCGACUGAUCCUUACCUCACGCGUCUACGAAGUCGUGAAAGAGACGCCGUUGACUCAUGCCACGAACCUGAGCAAUCGCCUGGAGUGCCAGGUCUUGCUGAAGAGGGAGGACCUACAACCGGUGUUUAGCUUCAAGCUGAGGGGGGCGUACAACAAGAUGGCACAUUUGGAUUCGAAGGAUCGGUGGAAGGGCGUUGUCGCGUGCUCUGCAGGAAAUCAUGCGCAAGGUGUAGCAUACUCCGCCAGGAAACUCAAGAUCCCAGCCACUAUCGUCAUGCCUUCCGGUACACCAGACAUAAAGCAUCGCAACGUUUCGCGACUGGGGGGGUCAGUCGUCCUUCAUGGCGAUGACUUUGACGCAGCAAAAGAGGAGUGUCACCGGCUCGAAAAGCUACAUGGCCUAGUGAACAUCCCACCCUUCGAUGACCCCUAUGUCAUUGCAGGCCAGGGAACCAUCGGCAUGGAGCUUCUGCGUCAAACCAACCUCCAGGAAUUAGAGGCAGUCUUCUGCUGCGUAGGAGGAGGCGGCCUUAUUGCUGGCAUUGGUGUUUAUAUUAAGCGUAUAGCGCCGCACGUCAAGAUCAUCGGAGUUGAAACGUACGACGCAAAUGCACUGGUACAAUCUCUGCACGAAGGGCGGAGAGUGGUGUUGAAGGAUGUUGGCCUUUUUGCUGAUGGUGCAGCAGUCAAGACCGUCGGAGAAGAAACCUUCCGCAUCUGCCAAGAGGUCGUUGACGAAGUCAUUCAAGUCACUACGGAUGAAACAUGUGCUGCCAUCAAAGAUAUCUUUGAAGACACCCGUUCCGUCGUCGAACCAGCCGGCGCACUCUCCCUUGCCGGCCUCAAGAAGUACGUCGCCCGGAACCCGUCACCCAACUCUUCCCGUGGCCUCAUAGCUAUCGCAUCUGGCGCAAACAUGAACUUCGAUCGCCUACGAUUCGUUGCUGAGCGUGCUGCGCUCGGUGAAAACAAAGAGGCUCUUCUUUCCGUGACCAUCCCCGAACGUCCUGGCGCAUUUGCCGCCCUGGUAAAAGCUAUUCACCCAAUGCAAGUCACCGAGUUCUCCUACCGCUAUUCCUCUGCCGAUGCCGCCAAUAUCCUCGUCGGUGUCUCGCUCAACGCUGCAUCCCGCGCCGUCGACCUCGCAGACCUUAUCCACCGCCUGGGUUCCGACAAUAUGACAGCAACCGACCUUUCCGGCGACGAACUCGCCAAAUCGCACAUCCGGUAUCUCGUCGGCGGCCGCAGUGGGGUUUCCGAUGAACGACUAUAUACGUUCGAAUUCCCUGAGCGACAGGGCGCGCUUUACAAAUUCCUUACGACGCUGCAACCUGGCAUGAACAUCAGUCUCUUCCACUACCGGAACUACGGUGGCGAUGUGGCGAGAGUGUUGGCAGGGAUCCAGUGUCCCGCUGCGGAUGAGGAGCAUCUCAGCAGAUUCUUGAAGGAAAUUAGGUAUCCGUUCACCGAGGAGACGAAUAGUGCGGCGUACAAGAUGUUCCUGAGAAGUUAAAUAUAAACACGAUAAAUGUUGGGGGAUGUUGGUUUGAUUUCUGGAGUUCUUUAGAUAGGUUGGUUUCGGGCGGCUUGGGGCUGAAUGCUUUUGAUAUCCUGACUAAAAGUUGGUAAGACUUGGUCUCUCUUGAAAUCUACCUUGAUAGGAGGCCAAAUUUGACUAGAGCCUCAAUCAGAGGGCUCACUUAAUCCUUUUCCAACACACCCAGUACCCAUUCUAGUCUCAACUUUAGGCUUUCAUCAUGAUCUGACUGUAUGUUAACCAAGC